ACAGUCAGUUGAGUUUCGAACGUUAUCUGGGGUGGAUGCGAUAUUUACGGCUCUCUCGUUCGGCGUUUGUAGGAAAGUGUCCCCGGUGUUCUAUGUCGGUGGGCGCACAAGUGUAAACCUUUGGCCGCGGAUUAGGGACCGAUAAACGCGAUUGGGAGGAGGUUCUGGAAAGCGCAUACAAGAACACACGCGCGGAACUUGGCGAUGCAACGCUGAAGCACUUUGGUGAAACCGGUGAAGCGGCAGUGUGGAGAACAGAGGGAAAAAAUCGAAGAAUCGUAGAAGAGUGAGUGCUCUAGUUUUGGGUCGCGACGACGGGUGGCAUUGUUAUGUGAUUGAUUUGAAAGUGGAAUAAGCGACAUUCACCCUUCACCGUGUACACACGGUUGCGGAGAGUUCGACAGAGUACGCGACGUAAUGUCAACAAAGCACUGCGGGAAACGACGACGACGACGGCAGCAACGCCAGUAGUAAUUCGAGUCCGUCGGUCAAUUGGAGAGAAGAACCGUAGCGGGUCGUAGAAGAAGUGCGUGUGCUGAACUACCAAAAGUACGCGCAAGCCCUGUCAUCAGAGUGUGUGGAAGAGCAGAGGAACCUAGAAGAGCGCGGCAAAUUACAACCUUGUACCGAGUGUAUUUCCCAACUGGGAGUGAAGAAUCGGUCAUGCUGGAAUAAGUACGCCGUUCAGUGUUGUCUGUCUAUCGAGGAAGCUGCUAAUAUGCAAAACACAUGUGAUACCAACUGGAGCAGCAGCAGUAGAAGGAUUGCGACAGAAGCAAUCGCGACUCGCGAGUGUUUGAUGUGAGUUUUAUAGGAGUUCGCGCGAUAUCUCGACGUCGACAACACCGUGGUGAAGAGGUGGUGCUGACGGCUUCUCCUAUCGGGUCGUGAUAGGAGCAAACACCCCAUCCCACUCUCGUGAACGUAUUACGCGCGGGGGUAAAAACAACAGUUGUGUGUGAGAAUCGCACAUACGGUGCACACCAAAUACAAGUGCGCGCACACGCACGUGUUCAGAGUGGUGGUGUGUAAGUGCCCUGUUUUGGUGACAAACAAAAAGAAAAGCAGGGUGACAAGUUGUACAAAUUUGAGGAAGAACAGGAAAGCAGCAAGGAACGCGCAAGCGGAACGUUGACGCGGAGUUGGUGUACUACUACUAUUUGAGGCCGUUGAUCAGCAAACAAUGAGCUAAUCCGCCGGCGUCAACAGUACACACUCUCUCUCUUCCCUUACUUUCUCGUCUGAGCCUCUCUCAACCUCAAGAGUCGCACUAUCAAAGAACCCAGAGUGUGACUCUGCCAACUUUUCCCGAGCCGCGCGUCAAGAGUCGUCACACUCUUUCUACAAGCUUGCGACUCUGAUUUCGGGGUGAACAAGUUUGAUGCUGAAUUAAAUUUGUCCGCCCAAACUAAAGGACAUCGCCACACACACAUGUGUCACACCGGAGCAGGACCAGCGGCAGCGUCGAGAUGAAGAUAAUCUAAUUGAAAUUUUGCACCGCCACACCCGCCAUAAGAGGUUCAGCACACAUUUCGGCUCAUUUUCGGAACUGGAAAAUUAGAUUCGAAAGUACGUUAGGAAGCGCAGCAAACAUGACGAUUGGAGCGUUCAGUAAGCUGGCGGUGGUGCUGGUACUGCUGUGCAGUACCCGCGCCGACAGUAGCUAUUACGGCGGCGGAGCAGGUGUCAGUCCUGCGCCGCAUUUGCCGGCGAUCCCGAAGGAUCCGCACUCGCGGUGCGAGGAGAUUACGAUACCGAUGUGUCGCGGUAUCGGGUACAAUUUGACCUCGUUUCCGAACGAGAUGAACCACGAGACGCAGGAGGAGGCGGGACUGGAGGUGCACCAGUUUUGGCCGUUGGUCGAAAUUAAGUGCUCGCCGGACUUGAAGUUCUUCCUGUGCUCGAUGUACACGCCGAUUUGCAUCGAGGACUACCACAAGCCGUUGCCGGUUUGUAGAAGCGUUUGUGAGCGGGCACGAGCUGGGUGUGCGCCGAUCAUGCAGCAGUACAGCUUCAGCUGGCCGGAACGGAUGGCUUGUGAGAACUUGCCCGUUUCGGGGGAUAGUGACAAUCUGUGCAUGGAGCAACCGAGUGAGGACGACGGAAGUCAUUCGUCGUCGGGAGGAGGUGGAGGAGGCGGCGGUGGUGGAGGUCAUCAGAAGCCGACCCGCAAGCCUCACGGAGGAUCUGCCGCUGGGCAGAACAACAACAAAUGCAAGGGCAAGAAUUCAAAAAACUGCCAAAAUCCCCCAGGGGAAAGGGGAACAAAAGAGUGCAUGUGCCGGUGUCGGGAGCCACUGGUGACCCUGGGGAAGGAAAGUCUACUGCACAACAACCAAAGUGUCGAAAGGGUCGGCGACGUCCUAAACUGCGCGAUCCCGUGUCGGGGGGCGUUCUUCAGCCAGGAGGAAAAGGACUUCGCCGGGGUGUGGAUCGCGCUCUGGUCCGGCCUCUGCGGCAUAAGCACGCUAAUGACACUCACCACGUUCCUCAUCGACACCGAAAGGUUCAAGUAUCCUGAGCGGCCGAUCGUGUUCCUGUCGGCGUGCUACUUCAUCGUGUCAUGUGGAUAUCUCACGCGGCUCUUCCUCGGGCAGGACGAGAUCGCGUGCGACGGAAAGGGGAUCAAGUAUCCGGCGAUGGGCCAGAGCUCGUGCACGAUGGUGUUCAUCAUGAUCUACUUCUUCGGCAUGGCUUCCUCGAUCUGGUGGGUGAUUCUGUCGUUCACUUGGUUCCUCGCUGCUGGACUCAAGUGGGGCAACGAAGCCAUCUCGAAGCACUCCCAGUACUUCCACCUGGCGGCCUGGUUAAUCCCAACCGUCCAAACUGUAUCGGUCUUGCUGAGGCCAGCCGUUGACGGCGAUCCCGUUGCCGGAAUCUGCUACGUCGGCAACACAUCGGUUGAAAACCUCAAGAACUUCGUGCUGGCACCGCUCUUCGUCUACCUGCUCGUUGGAACGACCUUCCUGAUGGCCGGCUUCGUAUCCCUCUUCCGGAUCCGAUCGGUCAUCAAGCAGCAGGGCGGCAUCGGCGCCGGAUCCAAAGCAGACAAGCUGGAGAAGCUCAUGAUCCGGAUAGGAAUCUUCAGCGUGCUCUACACCGUCCCAGCAACGAUUGUGAUCGGCUGUCAUCUGUACGAAGCCAACUACUUCGAGGACUGGAUGACCGGCCUGACGUGCCCGUGCAAGGCACAAACCGGCAUCCGGCAGAAGCCACUCUACUCCGUGCUGAUGCUCAAGUACUUCAUGGCACUGGCCGUGGGCAUCACCUCGGGCGUGUGGAUCUGGUCCGGCAAGACGGUCGAGUCGUGGCGGCGGCUCUGGAGACGCCUGUUCGGCUCGCCCGACCCUACCGGUGCCGGCCAGGUUCUCAUUAAGCCCCGCCCCCCACUUCCACAGCCCUACGCGACGUCCGGCAUCGGAGUGCCCGGCUCCGCAGCAGCAUCCCUGCUCGCGACCCCCUACACGCACACCAUCGGCAGCGUGGCGUCCACUAGUCAUCACCAUCUGCACCACCACGUCCUCAAGCAGACCCCGCUCAGCCACGUAUGACCUGGAGACAUUGGCGGCGCUUCCACACUUACCGCCGGUUCCGGCGCCGGCUCGGUCGUUGACCCACGUGCCGUCUCCGUCGUUGUCACCCUGCCCGGACCCCAGCCAGGCCAAGCCCUGAGCGACUACGGUCCGAUAUAGUUGACAACGCGGCCCACGACGGCACGAUGGUUCCCGGCCAGCAGCAACGCCAGCGACCAGCUGUAAGCGAAAGCGCGAAAACAGGGAGAGGGACACACACACACACAUACACAUGUAACUGUAUAGAGAGCAAGUCAUCAUUCGUAGCGAGCUAGGUUCAGUGUCCAUUUUUUAAGGAGUGUGUACUGUAGAUGUCAUCGUUAUUUCCGUGUAGGUCAAGAGCGCAAACACAUACACACACUCAGCUGUACACACAUUUCUACAAAAUGCGUUUUUUUUUAGGUUAGGUCAAAUCACUCGUACUGCUCCCUCCCCCUGUCGCCAUACUGUCUCUCUCUAACACUAACAAACUAAUACUUACUAUCAUCUUUUUACGAAACAACAAACAAAGAAACGCUCCUACUACAAGCUCUAACCACUUAAGGUACGAUGAAGCCGCUCUCUUUCUAGUCCAAAAUGUAAAAAUCAAACGAACGCGUGUGAGCGUUCGAAAACUCCAGCGGGAGAGAAACACAGUUUUUUAUACAACAAGUGUGAGAAGAAGGUAUUUUCUACAAGCUUUUAACAUCGCGCGACGACGAACUCAUCUGAAAAAAAAUCAUCUCAAACUUAAUAAUUGGUAUGUGGUAGGCAGUGUAAAAUUAGACUACGCAAAAUGGAGAUUUUUUACUCGGCGUGCAUCGUUUGACAGUUGCUUACCUGAAUGGUGAUCCACAUUGUCAAGGUACUUCAAGUUCCAGGCAAUCCAAAAUUACUCCAAUUUUAUCGAAACCUAACUCAGAGUUGAGUAAGUGAGGCGAAUGCCAGAUUUCAGUGAAUUUUACUCAAUUUUCUUUGAAUUCUGAGCGAAUUUUCACCCAAAUCUGACACUUGAAUCCAUUCUUUUUUGACGAAGUCUGUGCGAAAUUGGAUUUGACGUCACAGAGUUUAACAAAGUGACAAACUGUCAAGUGAGGCACGCCAACCAAAAAGAGUCUAUCAUGAAUCUUUCUAACUGUCCAACAUUGUGUCAUUUCCAAAGUAGUGAAUGUUUCGCAAAACUGUGACUGCAAACUUUUUAAAACCACCACCAGCAACCAGUAGUAAACCGAAAUGACAAUACAAUUCCAAAUCUGCAAAUAGUUUAAACAUCAUCCACGAAAUCGCACACAGAAGACAAAACCCGUAAAAAACACUGCCAAAAUCCAUUAAUUUCGGGUACUGCGGAAUUAAAGCGUCGGAACAAACCCCAUCCCAAAGCAAUUAACAAAAAAAAGGUGGGAAUAAAUCAGACUGCGAGCAAACACUCUCACAUAAAUCUAAAUUAAGCCGGAUUAGCUGGAUCGGUGCAAAAUUGUCAUUGCAAAAAAAGCGGGCAGAACAACGGAAAACAAGAACGAUUAUAUUUAAUAAAAAUGAGCGAGAGAGCGAAAGCAAAGAAACAAAAUCAGCGAAACAGAAAAGUAAUUAAAAACUCACACACACUCUUGCAGGUGCAUUUCAUGAAACUUUUAUACGUAAUUAGAAUUAAUUUACUCGUUUAAUGGCAUUAGGGCAAACUAGAUACCAAAAACCGAGAGGUGAAUUCAGCAGCAGCUAUAAAGCAGACGCGUUUGUGACAGGUUUUAAGAUGGCAAACUUUUGUAAUCUUCUUUUCGUCUUGUUUUCCGCGCAAAAAAAAAGGUUAGUUUUUAUGUUGACGAUCGGUUCAGUCUGGUUUAUGUCUUAGUUUUGUUAGUCUGAUUUUUAUGUGUUUUGUUUUGCACCGGAACAGGGGCAUGCUGAUGGAAGCGAUACGGCGCUACAUUCGUUGACGUUCCGGGAAUUCCGCCUGGAAUGUAGAGAGUGUAGUCGAACGUAUUUAUUGGAUCGAUUUGGGCGAAACGAUUGGAAAUUUACGCUACUAGCGUAACGGUUUGACGUUUGAGGUGUAGGAAAUGGUCAUUUGAUGUUUAUUUUUGGACCAAAAGUCCGUUUAAGUUUGUUUUUUUAGACACUUUGUGUCAGAUGUCAGACCUAAGGCAAGCUUCUUGAACAUACAAGAUGUUAUUUUAAUCAAUGAUUUUGACAGAUCAGAUUUGAUGUAUACCUUUAACAUUAACAAUGUAAACAAUGGUAAAGGCAAACAGCUGUCAAAAGCAGGGGUGGAAUGCAAUGUAAAUUGCUGAUCUUUUAGCAUGCUAAACAACGCUACUUCAAAACCACUGUUUAUGCUGAUUUUUUGACAGCUGAAGAUCCACCUUACCUUGAUGUGAUUUCGUUUUUUGACAGUUUGUCAAACGACAACUACCUUCCAAAAUAGAAUCCUUGCCAUUUGACGUUUGAAUUGCGUAAUCUCCCCAACAAUUCCGAGAGGUGCAACACUUCGUUUUUUGCGCAUUUUUACAAUAAAAAUUUAUGAAAAUGUGAUAUUUUAUGCAUCUUUCCAAAAGCAUGCCCCUUAUUUGCAUUUAAACCAUCAAACACACACCAUUAUUUUUGAGUUGUCAACCAUGUUUGUAGAAGAAAAAAAACCUUCGAUUUUAUUGCCAUAACUUCAGUUGAUGAAGCGAUUUUAAUAACUAAAAGUACACGUUUAAGCAUUGUUUAACGCGUGUAACCGCCACCUUACUGUAUAAAGAAAGCAUUACCCUGCCCAGCAUAGGACAACCCUAACUCUUAAAAAAACUACUUUUUUGUUUAUAUACUUUCCUGUUUUUGAAUAGUACUAGAAGAUCUACUGUAAUCGUGUGUACAUAUCAUAAUCCUAGCCUAAAAACAACAAGAUGAUCCACUUUGCAAACCGUCGUCUCUGCUCAAAUUAAAGUAUGUCCAGAAAGAAUGAUGAUUUCGACGUGCUGGAACAUGUGAUUUCGACAGAUUUACUCAAAGAAAAACAACAAGAUUGGGAGCAACUUCAUGAAGCAAACGAAGAUUCACCACGGAGGAAAAAAACUUAACCAAAGCUUAACCGCAUCAUUAUGCGCGAAACCUCCCCCAAAACAGUGAUUAUUCAAUUAGAGAACGUGAUUUUAAUUUCCCGAAAAUAGCGAAACCGUGCUUCUGGCUGAUUAUUUCGGGGCGCACACUAAUUUUGGCCGUGCAUCGGUCUUACCCCUCGCGUCCACUUCUAGAAGAGCAGAGCCCAAACUCAAAAUUGGAGAACCCCUCCGGAAGCAGCAGCGAAAUUGCCCGUAUAGACAAAGGAAAAACAGACGAAAUAACUUCCAAAUCACCAUAACGACUGCUCAAAUCCAUAAUUGAUAAAUUGCCGACAUAAAUUUGCCUCUGGAUUUUCUCGUUGGUUUCUUCAAUUUUGCCUCAUUUUGCUGUUCCCAAAGUCGCUUCUGCUUCUAAUUUUUCCGGGGCUGAAUCUGGCCAGCGAAACUGGCACGUCGAGUAAUUGUUGUAAAAAAAAAAACAAAAAUAAAAAAACGCAAGAAAUUUUAAACUAUUGCUCAGAGACGGCGGUUCCGACACAAAUGCGAAUAUAUAUAGAGAAAAAAAAAUGCUUACCCCCCAAAAGCAGUCAGAGACGAGAGUAUAUUGUAAAUAUAGUGACAAACUGUGUGAAUGGGAUCUUCCUCUCGCAAAAGAAAAAGAGAGAGCGAAAAAAGAUUAAGGGAUGAUGUGAAUGUUGAUUUCUGUGUAAAUUCUCCACUUUCUUGCUUUCCUUCCGUUGAACCACCUCUCGCGCGUCGCUUGAGACAAUUCGCAGCUAAACUCAUUCAUAAUUGUUGAAAUUGACCCUUCGCAAACAAAGAAGCAAACUCUCUUAUCGUCGUUAUCGCGCGCGAGCGAUUUAAUUUCCCUUAUCUCUCAUUGAACUUUCUGUUGGUAGCAGCUAUUUUUCCCCCAACCCUACCUACUUAACCCCCCUCUCGCCACCAUUUCCCCUCUAUACUGAUAUUUAUUUUGUUUUUUUCGAGAACGAAGCAAAAGAAAAAACCGAUGCUAGGUGAAACAGAAUAAAGCAAAAUGCAAAAUUGUGUGAAUGAAAUCUGGUUUUAACAGAUCCAUAGACUGUAUACGAAUAUUUUGAAUUAUAAAAUUAUUAUUGUAUUUGAGCAUAAUGUAUUGUAAUAAUCUUGCAAGUAGUAAGGUAACAACAAGCAAAACAAACAACUCGGUAAAUGUGUAAAGAAAAAAAAACAA